AUGGCCGACGACAAACCUUCCGUGCCGGAACAGGAACAGGAACAGAUGCCUCACCCACCCUCCUCUUCAUCGGCAUCUGCCUCCUCGGCCACUGUCACAACCCCCGAUCACGAUGUCGAAUCUCAGCACCAGGCCAUCACCUCUGAAAAGGUCAGCCACUGGAGAGUGCUCCUCGAUCAGACUGGUGUGACUCAGGAGGUCUUGGAGUACAACUACGGCGGUCAAGGCACCACUGAGUCUCCCUAUCUCGUCGAAUUUAUCCCCGGCGACAAAUGGAACCCCAUGGCCUUCAAGGACUCGUUCAAAUGGACCAUUACUCUAAUCCAGGCUAGCGCUACCCUUUCCGUCUCAUUCGCCAGUUCCGCCUACUCAGGUGGUGUAAGGGAAAUCAUCCGCGAGUUCAACAUCUCCUCCGAGGUCGCCAUUCUAGGUGUUUCACUGUUCGUCAUGGGCUUUGCUAUUGGACCACUUCUCUGGGCUCCUCUCUCUGAGCUCUACGGUCGCCAGAAAACCUUCUUCAUCAGUUACAUGUGUCUGGCCGCUUUCAGCGCUGGAGCCGCCGGCGCCAACUCCAUGGCUACUCUCAUCAUCCUCCGAUUCUUUGCCGGUGCCUUUGGAUCCUCUCCCCUGACCAACGCCGGUGGUGUCAUUGCCGAUUUGUUCCAGGCCAAGCAACGAGGAAUUGCCUUCAGUAUCUUUGCCAUGGCUCCUUUCUUGGGUCCAGCUCUUGGUCCGAUUGCCGGUGGUUUCCUUGGCGAGUCUAAAGGCUGGCGAUGGGUUGAGGGAUUGAUUGCCAUCUUCACCGGUGUUGUCUGGAUCGCCAGCACUCUGGCCUACCCCGAGACAUAUGCCCCCGUCUUGCUUCGUCAACGCGCUGCUGCUUUGAGCAAGAAGACCGGCAAGGUUUACAUUUCCAAGCUUGAGGAGGGCCAGCCGCCCAAGACUAUUGGCAACCAGCUCAAGGUUUCCCUUUUGAGGCCCUGGCAGCUCCUUUUCAAGGAGCCCAUCGUCCUCCUCAUCUCUCUCUACAUGGCCAUCAUCUACGGUACCCUCUACAUGUGCUUCGCCGCUUUCCCCAUUGUUUUCCAGCAGGGCCGUGGCUGGAGCCCUGGUAUCGGCGGUCUCGCCUUCCUUGGUAUUGCCAUUGGUAUGACCGUUUCCACCAUUGGAUCCGUUUUCGACAACAACCGAUACAUCAAGACUGCCGCCCGAUCUCCCGAUGGAAACGCUGCUCCCGAGGCUCGUCUGCCGCCCGCCAUCCUUGGCUCCAUCCUGAUCCCCGUUGGCUUGUUCUGGUUCGCGUGGACCAACAGCCCCAGCGUCCACUGGAUUGUCUCCAUCAUUGGAUCCAUCUUCUUCGCCGCCGGUAUCGUCUUGGUCUUCCUCUCACUGAUGAACUACCUUGUUGACGCAUAUGUUAUUUUCGCCGCCUCGGCUCUGGCUGCUAGCUCCGUUCUCCGAUCUCUCUUUGGUGCCGCUUUCCCUCUCUUCACCACUUACAUGUAUCAGAACUUGGGUAUCCACUGGGCGAGUUCCAUUCCCGCCUUUUUGGCGCUGGCUUGCGUUCCUUUCCCAUUCCUCUUCUGGAAAUACGGCGACAAGAUCCGUGCUAGGUGCCAAUAUGCCGCUGAAGCCGCCGCUGUUCUUGCGAGAAUACGAGCCAAGAAUGUUGUCGUUACCGAGGACCAGGCUGUUGCAGAGGUCAAGGAGCACGAGCGGGAGAGGCGAGAGAGUUUGGCUCUGCAGAGGGAAGCUAGCCGUGCUAGCCGUGCCAGCCGUGCUGCUUCGCACAAGGCUCGCGACAACUAA